AUCACAGGGCCGGAAUCCGGAAGAGGAGCCGCGCAUACAGAAGAAAACAAACAGUCUGAUAACAAUUACUAUUAGUGUGAUAACAACAUUGCUAUUAGUGUGAAAACAACAUUACUAUUAGUGUGAUAAGUGGACAGAGACGCGUCGAGGAUACAGACAUGGACGACGCAUACUUCCAGUUAAAGUUUAGUGCAAAACAGUUAGAAAAACUGGCCAAGAAGGCUGAGAAAGACUCAAAGGCUGAGCAGGCCAAAGUCAAGAAGGCACUCCAGCAGAAGAACGUGGAGUGUGCGCGUGUGUAUGCUGAGAACGCCAUCCGUAAGAAGAACGAGGGCCUGAACUGGUUGCGCAUGGCAUCACGCGUGGAUGCUGUGGCCUCUAAAGUCCAGACGGCUGUCACUAUGAAGGGGGUGACUAAGAACAUGACGCAGGUCACUAAAGCACUGGACAAAGCUCUGAACUCAAUGGACCUUCAGAAAGUCUCUGCAGUUAUGGACAAGUUUGAGAGCCAAGUUCAGAAUCUGGAUGUUCACACUUCAGUGAUGGAGGACUCGAUGAGCUCGGCAACCACGCUGACGACGCCGCAGGAGCAGGUGGACAACCUGAUUGUGCAGAUUGCGGAGGAGAGUGGUCUGGAAGUUCUAGACCAGCUCAACCAACUCCCGGCCGGAGCCAGCUCGCUUGGAGAAGGCUCAACCCGCUCACAGGAGAAAGAGGACCAGCUUUCCCGGAGGCUUGCGGCGUUGCGGAACUGACGGUGUGUGAGCAGGAGAGGACCGGAAGGCCAGAGAGCUCACGGAUCCAGUCCAACUCCUCACUCGGAUGACCUGACAAGGCCGUUGAUUUGUGUUCCCAGAUCUAUUUAUACACACACUCUUUCAGAGUUGCCAAAAUCGCUGCCCAAGUGUGUUUGCGUCCCAGAUCACACCCGCACUUUCUGCUGAAAACAAUCUUUCUUUUUGACUUUGUUGCUGAACAUCUCUCUCUCCCUCUCUCUCCCCCUCUCUCUCUCUCUCUCUCCCUCUCUCCCUUUCUCCCAACACUAGAGUAUGUGGGUGAAUCGUAAUAGCAGGUCAGGAGUGAGCGCUCCACUGUAGGUCGUAGUGAUUUCAGGCUCUUUCUGAUAUUACUGGCUGCUGCGUUUCGGUCUUUUCUGUGCGUUUCCUCCUCUGAGAGAUGUAACAUUCAUAUCCAAAGGGCAGAUGGAGAUAGAAACCGCUGCACACAGCUGACUGGAGACUGUACUCUUCAAAACAAACACAUUCAAUAGGUUUUUUUUUUAAAUUAACUUUGACUAUGCUAUUAUUGUAAACCUAUGUUAAUAACAAUAACAGAUCUCACUGUAUGUGGUUGCUGUCAAUGUUAUCUGAGUCUCAUCCUUACAGUCAGAGUAAUGGACCAUCCACGCUGGUCCAUUGUGUCUAAACCCUCAGUAUAGCAUUCUAGUGGAGUGAG